AUGGCACUCUGGAAUGCAUGGACACUCUUGAUGUGUGUAGUUCUCACUGGACAAGGGUCGGAAGCUCAGGAUUGUGGAAUGGCACCUCUGAACACCAAGAUAGUGGGUGGUGACAAUGCCACAGUUGGAUCAUGGCCCUGGCAGGUCAGCAUGCACAUCAGUUAUCAUAUCUGUGGAGGGACCCUAAUCAGUGACCAGUGGGUACUCACGGCAGCCCACUGCAUCAUAACAAAUGUACCUCGUGCAUGGAGUCUUUACUUUGGGAGACUGAAUCAGACUAGCCCUAAUGUUCACGAGGUGAAGCGCACUGUAUCCCAGAUCAUCGUCCAUCCUGACUACAGCAACACCACGCUUAACAAUGACAUUGCUCUAAUGAAGCUGAGCAGCGCUGUCACUUUCACAGACUACAUCAGACCUGUCUGCCUAGCAGGUAACCCCAGCCAGUUCCACAACUCCACCAAUUGCUGGGCCACAGGCUGGGGUAGACGUGGAAAUGAUGAGCCGUUGGGAGCUUUCGAGACACUGCAGGAGGUUCAGAUUCCUGUGAUUGGAAACAAGCAGUGCAGUUGCAACUACAUCCCAGUACCAUCUGCAAACAUCACAAACAACAUGAUUUGUGCUGGUCAAGAGAACAAAGGAGCAUGUCAGGGGGACUCAGGUGGACCUUUGCAAUGCAGACAAGGCUCAAAAUGGAUCCAGGCGGGCAUUACCAGUUUUGGAAUACCUUGUGCCCUGGCUACUUUUCCUGAGGUCUACGCUCGAGUAUCUGAGUACCAGACAUGGAUCACAGAUCAAGUGGCAGGGGCGAGGGUUAAUUUUGUAACAUUCACCUCCAGUGGCACUGACCAAGACAGCAGCUUUGUGUGUCUCAGAAAUGGAACCACAACACCGCCAAGUCCAUCCACCAAUGCAUCAGCUUCUUCAACUGCACUUUCAUUUUUUGUCAUUUUACUGUCUUUCUUGUUCUUGCAACACAUUUUUGCUUUGUAGCACAGUUUUACAUCAACAACUUGCACAAGCUACACUGUUAUCUCAGGUCACAUUACUGUUGCAAGACGGUAAGAAGUUGCUGACAGCUGAUAAAGGUGAAGUACAAGUUUGAAAGGUUUUUUAUACUUAAUUUACAUGUAUGAAUCAUUUUUUCUUGCCAAUGAGUGAAUGGGUAGUAAUGUACCUUGACAGAAAUUGCACUUGCUAAAAAGUUUCUCCUGCCACUUACUGGGAAACAUGCAGACACUGAGCUGGUUAUGGUUAUGGGUAUACUGUGGUAGAUCUGGUGGUGGAAAGAGAUGUAUAGGACUUGUACGGUAUCUUCUAAUAAGCACCGUACAAGUCCACCCUUUCCUGCAAACCCUGUUCUUAAAUGAUUUUUCAGAUUUCAAAGAUGAAAGUAACAGGUAGGCGUGAGCAAGGUUUAUCAGCUGUUUGAAAUAUUUGGGAUGUUUACUUAAUGUGGAAUGAUGAUGUUAUUUUUAUACUUAUAAUACAAAUUAAGUUCAACAUUAUAAGAUGAAGAUUGUUGUUAUGGAUCUCUGUGGGAAUGGAGUCAAUGAAGAACAUUAAAUGCAUAACAUAAGGUUCAGACUGUGUAAUGACCUGAUAUUAAUGGAGGCCUAGUUAAAACACUGCAAACCUCCAAUGGUAUACAUAAAUAGACAUAGCAAAAAGUCCAUUCAGCAUGUCGACAAGUAACCCUAUCUCAAAAUCAAGAAUCAACCACCUGACAUUGCCUGUUCCUAACCACACUGCUAUUUCCUUUUUAAAUAACCCCAUACUGUCUACAACAAUAAAUUACAUGCUAUUUCAUGCUCAGUUAAGCAACUCAGGCCAACUGUUGUGUAUAAUUUUUCAUCUCAAUGUAACAAAAAGUCUAAUUUUAAAUGUAAGGAAUCAUCCAUGUACUUUAUUUGCUAAUGGAGGACAUUAUUUGCUAACAUGAAACUUAUAACAACAGAUUUUGGAAAACAGCUAACUGUAAUUUAAGUUCUUAUAGUGUCCCUGUUGUUCUUGUUCUUCAAUUAAAUACUAUUGUUUGCUUAUAAUGUAUUCAUGAGGAGGAAAAAGUACUUUACUUUUAUAAAUGAGAUUUUGU